GGCGAAGUGCUAUUUAAUAUUUCCGGUUUGAAAGCGAGAACAGGAAAGCCUCCUACAGAAGAAACACAUCUUUUUGAAAUUAGUGUUUUGCUUGAAAGAAUUGAUUUAUUUUAAUUUUCAAGCUCUUGCUGUAGCCAUAAGCAAACAAGACAUUUGAAGUCGAGAAGUUGAUCGUUUAUUGGAUCGGUUCAUGUGCCGUCGAAGGAAAUGUGAGUAGUGAUAAUGGUGAGACUGCCUUAUGUGUGAUGCAAGAGUUCAGGAAGUGAAACCUUUGCCACUUGCCAGAAUACAUGAAGCUAAUUCAAACACACUCAGCCUUGCCGGUCCUUCAGUCCUCAGCUUCUCUUGAAAAAUGAAUGCACCAAUAAGAAUGGUCCUCCUGGGAAAAACUGGGUCUGGUAAAAGCAGCCUGGCCAACACAAUAUUCAGAGACCAGCUGUUCACGACCAACCACACGAUCAACUCUGAAACAAGCCACUGCACAGCCGUCACCAGGUCCGUCGGUGGGAGAAACCUCACGGUCAUCGACACCCCGGGUUUCUUUGACACGGACCGGCCGGAGAAGGAGCUAGAGCCUGAGAUAGUGAGGUGCAUCACAGAGUGCGCUCCUGGGCCCCAUGUGUUUCUCAUUGUGCUCAAGGUGGAGAAAUUCACAGAGCACGAGAAGGCCGUUAUCGAGAAAAUCUGCACGCACUUCUCUGAAGACGCUCUUAAAUACGCCGUGGUGGUGUUCACUCAUGGCGACCAGCUGCCCGAUGGGACCCAGAUUGAGGAGUUCAUCGGGCGCAAUCAGCUGGUGAGUGAACUGGUGAAGAAGUGUGGCGGCCGCUGCCACGUCGUGGACAACAAGUACUGGAACAAUAAGCAACAGGAGGAAUACAGGAGCAACUCGUUCCAGAUGGAGAGGCUGCUUCAAACUAUUGACUCGCUGGUGACGGAAAACGAGGGCAAAUGCUACACCAAUGACCUGCUGCAGGCGGCCGAGGAAGAAAUAAAGAAAGAGGAGGAGAACAUUCGACUGGUCUCAGGAAACCUGCCGGAAGCAGAGAUCAGAGAACAGGCCAAGAGAAGGGUUGCUGGUAAACUCUUGAUCACAUGUACGGCCCUUGGCGUUGGCGUUUUGUUAGGGGCGAUUUUUGGUGUUGUGGUCAUGGUUGGAGCAGUUCUUACUGUUUUACAAGAAUCUUCAAAGCCAGUAAAGCUGAGGAAGGCAGUGGGCACAACAGUUGCAGCUUCAGCAGGGACUUUAUUAGGGGUAGGAGGAACGGCACUAGGGGGCGGUGUGGCACCAGCAGCGACGUGUUUGAGCCUUACAGCAGCAGUUGCUGAAACGGGAGCUGUUAAAGGGGCUUUAAUUGGAUACGAUGCGGCUGAAGGAGCAGAGACUCCAAAGGAAGCUGCACAGAAAACAGCAGAGGCUGUGAAGAAUGAGGCACAGGUUUGCUUAGAUACGGUAAACCAGGGCUGGAACAAAGUUAUACAACCAACAUGUGAAAAGUCAGAGGAGGAGAAGUUGUUACUUUGUGACAAACUUUACUGAGAUCUUCUUUCCUGACUGUGGAUUAUUCUGGUUAACAUUUAAAGUGUCCUCUGAACUUCCAACAUGAAUUUCUGUUGCAGGAAGAAACUGGACAGGAGGGAUGAUGUGUCAUUUAUUAAAUCUAACUAUAAAUUGUCAAACUAAUCUCAUUGGAAUAAAGCAUACAUAGAUGA